CAUCAAAGUAAGCAGAGCGAAAGUAGAAUGUGUGGAACAUUUCAUUAUUUUACUCCAUAACUCAUCAUACUUUCGCAAUGAGACACAGAAAGAUUCUAUUUGUGUUCAUUUUUCUGGUAGCCACGAUGUGUCUUCUGAUGACGUCCUUAAUACAGACUGAUUCCAAGCUCACACUUUCCCCCACAAAUAAGUGUGUUGUGAUUGUCGAUCGCGAAGACAUUGUGUAUCCGUACUAUGGUAAUCGGUUUGGAAAACACUGUCUUGUUGCACUGGAUUGGGGAGAAAUGUGCCCUGAGUUGUACACAGAAUUGGGAGGAAAAUGUAACUUGAUCGACAGUACAAUUCAAUGUCCUGAUAUUCGAAACCACGCAAAAUUUCGCAACCGACAGGCGCAACUCGUCAUGACCAGAAUGCUACGUAUUUUUGACCUCAUAGCGCAGAAACACAACAUUGACUACUGGAUAUUUGGCGGGACUUUACUUGGUGCUGCAAGACAUCAUGGAUUUAUUCCGUGGGACUACGACAUAGAUAUUGAAAUGCCUUUGGAAGAAUAUGUGAAAUUUUUCCAAGUCGCAGCAAAGGAUUUACCGCCAGAUAUUUUCUUUCAGAACUCUAUAAGUGAUCCAGCGUUGAAUCCGGAUGACCCAAGUGGUUACUACAAGCAUGAAAUAGUUGGUAUCUACGAAGCAACUUGGAACCCAAGAUUACGAGAUAGAUAUAGUUGCUAUAAAUUCUGUAUGUCCUACGGAUGUACUUGGCAUGAUGGGCUCAUGAUUGACAUGUUCGUGUCGCCUCACAUGAACAGAUCUGCCGUCCCGCGUAGACGAAUAAGUUUCGAAGGUUUCACCUUUCCUGUGCAAAAUGACUGGGAGGAAUAUUUAAUAGAAAAUUUUGGCGAGAAGUACUUUGAAGUUCCAAUCGAUCAAGAACCGAAAGAAAGUCCAGACGUGUUCCAUGGAUGCGAGGAACUCAAAGGAAGUUCUUAGAAGAUCUCGCGAUAGCGUGAUUUCCUGGAGUGACUUGCAGAGAUGUAACACGAAACAUACUCCAUUAAGAAAAAUAACAAGCUGUAUCAAUUUCCACUCGCGCUUUUUUAAUCAUUGCAAAAUUUUAAAAUCUAUGAAAUUAAAAAAAUAAAGAACUGAAAGAAAAUAAAAAGA